UGGUUUAUGAACUGGAAUUUAUAUAAUAUGUACAUAAAUCAGCUGUUAUUCCAUUUUAAAGUCUAAAAUGUAGUGUAAAAUCCUAAUUACUGAGAUCCUGUUUAUUUUAAAUAUUAAUUCAUAUAUCUGGGGCACAUUUUAAAGAUGUUUUGGUCAUUGUAGCUUUUACGUUUUUAGCUCUACAGGUGGCAGCAAAAGCAAAUAUUAUAUAUAAUGGAAAUCCAAAGUUGUGCUAUGCAAGCACAUCUAAUUAUAAGUAUGAAGAUAAUCAAAUGUUGUGCUGUGUUUUAAGCAGGCACACGUAAUUUCCUAGCUAUGGGGCAUUGCUCAGACUAUGGGCAUAGUGUUGGGCGUAGUCUUUUUUAUUACCCUACUGCGAAAAUGCGCGUGUACCUCUCAAAUACGCACCCUUCAGUAUAUUUGCGAAUAACUUUCUGGAAAAAAAUUACCGAAUUAUAAAACCAAUUAACGGCUUAUUUUUUCAUUGAGAUUCCGUUCCAAACGCUGACCAAAAAGAGACGUUUAAUACAAGACGUUUGUUUGGAUUUGAGCCAUUACUAGCCGGUACUAAAGACAUCAAAGAUUGAAACAACACCUUGACUGUACACAAAAUCCUGACUGUAGGUGGAACGUGGGCGGCAAGAUUGAUAAAAGUCGGACUUGAAUGGUAAAUUGUAAGAGUACGCCCUGCGGAUCAUGACUGAAGAGGUUUGCUGUGAGAUGAUCCCUGACCGUCGUGCGGAGUUUUACUACAGUCGGGAGAGGGGCAGAGACCAUGUGCGGCCAGGUCGCCUCACUCAGUUUGCAGUGGUGGUCUCUCUAACGCUGUCUUGUGCUGCACUCUUGCUAAACCAACUUCAGCAUAAAGCAGCGAACAACCAGCACGUGUCAGGUGGAGCAGAAACUACGGGUGUUCAAAACUUACUGGGCAAUGCAUCUGCUUUAUCUCCUUCUGAUUCUGAACAGCAGCAGCAUGCUGCAACAAUUCCAAGUGCACACCUGACAGCACCCCGGUCAUUUAAUAAUUCAAAACGUGAAUAUCUGGAGUGGGAGGACCACUUUGGGCAUGUUCACCUCAGUGAAUUCAAGUAUCAUGACGGUGAUCUCAUUGUCCCCCGUGACGGCAUCUACAAAGUUUACCUUCAGAUCACUUUCAGGAGGCCUGGUAACUUUCAGUGUGACACUGAUGUGUUUAUCCUUACCCAGAAGGUACUGCUGUAUGCAGCAAACUACCCAGAAAACGUAGACCUCCUGGCGGCCUCGGAUAUAGUGUACUGCAUGCCAAACUCAGAGGAGAUGCCAUACUGGGAAAAGUCUCCCAACACAUCUGGAGUGUUUAAACUGAACGCCGGAGACAAGCUCAGAGUGAAGAACGGAAACAGGUUUCAUGAGCUGAUGCUUUUGCAAGAAGAUAAGACAUUUUUUGGAGCACAUCUCAUUUGAUGUUCCCGCAGAACAAGGAGGUGUGCAAGAAUAAUUAUGGACUUUACGUUUGUACAUAUACAAUAGUUUCUGAUUGUUUUAUUUUUAUUGACUACAUCAUGACUUUGUUUUCUGAGUCAAUUGAUACAUGAUGAUUGCAUAACUUAUGAUAAAAAAUACCAGCCCAAUCA